AUGAUAGCAAAAAUCGCUUAGCUAUAUACAAAAAAAUAAAAUAAAAUAAAAAUCGCUUAGCUGCUUCAGAGAGAGAGAGAGAGAGAGAGAGGAAGAAGAGGUUGUAUUGAAUUGUAUGGUAUUUCCCUGCAAUUCCCAUGGAUCCCAAGCGCCAACCAUCAGCAAAUAGACCUCCAACAAAACCUUGGGAACAAGCGGGUUCCUCAUCUGGCCCAGCUCCUUUUAAACCCCCAUCAGCUGGCGCCACAAGUGCUGUAGUUGAGGCUUCGGGGACUGCAAAACCUGGGGAUAUUGUUUCUAGUACUGAUAGGAAUGCAGCAACUAUCAACAGGAAUGCUCUUGGGAGGCCUGUUCCCACAAGGCCAUGGGAACAGAAUUAUGGAAAUAACAGCUAUGGAGGAUAUGGUUCUACACUGAAUAAUUAUAAUUCUGGAUAUGGAUCUGGAAUGUAUGGAUCUUCUUAUGGUGGAAUGGGAGGGUCAUAUGGUGGUGGAAUGUAUGGUAACAAUAUGUACAGGGGAGGAGGAUAUGGUGGUGGCCUUUAUGGGUCAUCUGGGAUGUACGGGGGUGGAAUGUAUAACAGUGGCAUUGGGGGUCCAAUGGGUGGUUAUGGCAUGGGUGGUGGUGGUCCUUAUGGAGAUCAAGAUCCCAAUAAUCCAUAUGGUGCCCCUCCAUCCCCGCCAGGAUUUUGGAUUUCUGCUCUACGUGUGAUGCAAGGCGUGGUUAACUUUUUUGGCCGGAUAGCAAUACUCAUUGAUCAGAACACACAGGCCUUCCAUAUGUUCAUGACUGCACUUCUCCAGCUGUUUGAUCGCUCUGGAUUAUUAUAUGGAGAGCUGGCUAGAUUUGCGCUACGGUUGCUUGGGAUUAGAACUAAGUCCAAGAAGGUUAACCCGCCAGGUCCAAAUGGACAUCCACUGCCUGGACCACACAAUUCCUCUGAAAAUGUAAACUAUAUUGAGGCAGCAAAGGCUGCUCCAACUGGUUCUUGGGACAAUGUUUGGGGAAAUGACGCCAAGCAAUGAUGUGGUCAAUUUAUUUUGCGCUAUUAGAGGGAGUCCAAAUAUAUUCAAAAGAAGAAACAGCAGCAUUCCAAAUGAAGAUACUGAAGCUGCUGAAGUCAUGUAUAUCCAGGAUUUUAAGUUCAGUUUGCUGUUUUACUUUGUAUGGACUAGUUCUUGAUUUUACUGGAAGCGGAAUCGUCUGAUAAUAAGACACCAUCCCUACAUUAUACCAUGUCAGAGUUUGCUUUGAAUCUGCAGGAUGCUGCUGUUUGCUUCGUAGAUGUAUUAUUGUGUAUACAGAAUGUAAUCUUGCAUACCUGCUUAACUUUUUCGGGGUCACAAAUUGUGUUUCUUUUCGUGUACUAUGAACAUUUAUCAAAUUGGAUAUAUGAAGUAUGAGUUACAUUUUAUUUC